UUUCUGCACCAGAACAUCAGAGGCUCAGAGGUGAUCUCAUGGAAGUUUAUAAAACCAUAAGAUGUAUAGAUAGGGUUAAUAGCUGUUGUCUUUUCCCUAGGAUGGGCAACUUCAAGACUGGGAGCACACUUUUAAGGAUCCGCAUUGUUUUUCCCUUCCUCGCCCGCUCCCCACCUCCCUCCCCUACCACCUCCAACCCCACACCCCUUCCGGAGAGAGUGAAUCUGAAAAGUUUCGUUUUUGUACGAGACUUUUGAGAUCCGUGCACGUCGAGCCUGCUCAAAAUCGAAAGUGCAAGCUGACACAGAGGAAAACGAAUCACCGUGUGAGAGUAAAACGGCUGGGCUGUGGAGGGAUUGGGAAGGAAGGACGGUGUCCGCUCUCUUAACAGCGCGGGGUUGGCCCGGCGGGUAGCCGAGAAUGGGCUGUAACUGGAGCCAGCUCUGUGGAGAUCCGUCCUCGGACCCCGAGCCCAUCGUGGUCCCCUCUCCCACAGCGGGGACCUUACCGCCUGUCGCCAGCGUCCAGCCUGUUACGCGCGGCUACCGGGAGCCGAGCAAUGGACACGACCCCCAGUCAAUCGCGAAUUGGCUGCUGUACGGGAGUCAGGGCUACAGGGAGGUGAGCCAGGAGGAGGAGGAGGAGGAGGAGGACUGGUCUGACCUCGUACGGGAGAGCGGUUGGCAAGGUAAGAAGAAUGACGAGCACCUCUUCUUCGAGACUUUCUUCCUGGUGCUACACCGCGUCCGGGGCUAUCAGGGCACUUUGCAGCGCUGGAGGAACGACCUGCAGCGGGCACGCAGAGAGGGCACCCACAUCCUAGACUGGCCCUACAUCUGGCGCAAGGAUGGCAUCGGCUACCUCCAGACGCUGAGGCUGGUGCAGGAGUUGGUACAAGAUGAGCCCUUCACCCCCGCGGAUCUGGUUAAGCUGGAGGCUUCGGCGAGGAGGGUGGUGAAGCAGAGGAAGAAGGAAUAUCAUCAUGCCCAGCUCCGGGGAAAAUCCAAUUCGAACCACCAAAAGGUCCUGCAGACCUGGGUUAAGGUGGUGGAAACCCUAGAGUAUCAUAUCUGUUAAAAUCGCACCGUGUGAAAAUCUGAUGAAGGCCACAUGCACCAUCAACCGUCCCCCACAGUCUCCGAAAACGUCCCCCACCGAACAUUUUACUCGGUGCUGCUGAAAGCAUUUAAUGCCCAAAGAUGGAAUACUGAAAUUUUUGUGCAAUGGACCAUGAAUGUUAAAUCAGAGACUGAUUAAUGUUGGCUAGCCAGUGAUAGGAGGAUGUGAAUAAUAAUUAAGAUGAGGAUAUAGAUCACAGACCAGUCUCAAUGCAUCCCACCUCCACCCCCUGUUCCCAAUUUCCUGGGUACAGGAGCAAUUUUAACCAGAGCAGGCCUUUGCAUGGCAGACCGGGUACACAGUGAUGUUGGCUUUGCAUUUAACACUGAGCUCCAUUGAUGUCACUGGAACCUUAUGAUCAGUGUAAGCUAUCGACUGGUGUUCCACCUGAUCCAGUGGGAUUCCUGCCUGAACCAGACAAAGCAAAAUAACCCCAAUCCAUGCUAAACCAACCACCUCCCCCCCCGACUCUCUCCGCCCGACCCUACCAGACAGGUUCAUGGCCUGAUCCUAGGGGAGUCAGCUUGUCUCCGACAGAGAACUGGAUGGGGGAAAGGAUCUCAACAUGCUAGUUGAGGGAAUGAGAACAUGGGAACAGAUCAGGAAUUUCCUGACUACUAUCCAGUGGGUGACGGGAACAUAAGAGAGUGGAGAAGGAGCUGGCCAUUCAACCCAUCAAGCCUGUUCAUUAUUCCAUGUUUCCUAUAAAAUUUAUAUCCUCGAGAGAGGUCAAAAGUAUGUCUAUCCCAGCCCUCCAGUUGCAGACAGUUCAGGAAAAGUUAAUCAGAUUAACUCAAAAGGUGAACAGCUUGUCUUAUGAGGACAGAUUGAGCAGUUUUGGUCUCUGCUCACUAAAGUUUGGAAGAAUGAGAGGAAAUUUAAUUGAAACAUAGGAGAUGGUCAGGGGUAUUGACAGGAUAGACAUAGAGAGAAUGUUUUCUCUUGUAGGGCAACCUAGAAUAAAGAGGUCACUAUUUUAGGACAAGGCAGUAGCAGAUUUAAAACAGAGAUGAGGAGGAAAUUACUUCCCUCAAACAGUCAUGACUCUAUUGAAUUCAGAGAGACCACCAUGCCAUCCCACUGAGAGAACACCAUGCCAGCCCACUGAGAGACCGCCAUGCCAGUGCGCUGAGACACCACCAUGCCAGUACACUGAGAGACCAUCAUGCCAGUGCACUGAGAGAUCCCCACACUAGCUCACUGAGAGACUGCCAUGCCAGCGCAUUGAGAGACCACCAUGCCAUCCCACUGAGAGACCACUAUGCCAUCCCACCAAGAGGCCACCAUGCCAGCCCACUGAGAGACCACCAUGCCAGCCCACUGAGAGACCUUCAUGCCAAUGCACUGCAAGAGCACCAUGCUAGCCCAAUGCGAGACUAGCAUGCCACAGCACUGCAAGACCAGCAUGCCAGCCCACUGAGAGACCACCAUGCCAGCCCACUGCGAGACCACCAUGCCAGCCCACUGAGAGACCUUCAUGCCAAUGCACUGCGAGACCACCAUGCCAGCCCACUGCGAGAUCAUCAUGCCACAGCACUGCAAGACCAGCAUGCCAGCCCACUGCGAGAUCACCAUGCCAGCGCACUGCGAGACCAGCAUGCCAGCACACUGUGGGACCAGCAUGCGAGACCAGCAUGCCAGCCCACUGAGCAACAACCAUGCCAGCCCACUGUGAGACCACCAUGCCAGCCCACUGAGAGACCACUAUGCCAGCACACUGCGAGACCACCAUGCCAGCACACUGUGGGACCAGCAUGCCAGCGCACUGAGAGACCAGCAUGCGAGACCAGCAUGCCAGCCCACUGAGCAACAACCAUGCCAGCCCACUGAGAGACCACUAUGCCAGCCCACUGCAAGACCACCAUACCAGCGCACUGAGAGACCACCAUGCCAGCGCACUGAGAGAUCCCUAUGCCAGUCCACUGAGAGACCACCACACCAUCCCACCGAGAGACCACCAUGUCAACCCACUGAGAGACCACCAUGCUAGCCCACUGAGAGACCAACAUGCCAGCCCACUGAGAGUCCACCAUGCCAUCCCACUGAGAGGUCACUAUGCCAUCCCACCAAGAGGCCACCAUGCCAGCCCACUGAGAGACCACCAUGACAGCCCACUGCAAGGCCACCAUGCCAGCCCACUGCAAGGCCACCAUGCCAGCCCACUGAGCAACAACCAUGCCAGCCCACUGCGAGACCAUCAUGCCAGCGCACUGCAAGACCAGCAUGCCAGCCCACUGUGAGACCACCAUGCCAGCUCAGUGAGAUAUCACCAUGCCAGCGCAGUGAGAGACUGUUACACAGGGCUGAGAGAUCGCCAUGCCAGCGCACUGAGAGACCACCAUGCCAGCCCACUGAGAGACCACCAUACGAUCUCACUGAGAGACCACCAUGCCAACCCACUGCGAGACCACCAUGCCAGCCCACUGAGAGACCACCAUGCCAGCUCAGUGAGAUAUCACCAUGCCAGCGCAGUGAGAGACUGUUACACAGGGCUGAGAGAUCGCCAUGCCAGCGCACUGAGAGACCACCAUGCCAGCCCACUGAGAGACCACCAUACGAUCUCACUGAGAGACCACCAUGCCAACCCACUGCGAGACCACCAUGCCAGCCCACUGAGAGACCACCAUGCUAGCGCACUGAGAGACCACCAUGCCAGCACAGUGAGAGACCACCAUGCCAGGCAGUGAGAGACCACCAUCCCAGCACAGUGAGAGACUGUUAGACAGGGCUGAGAGAUCGCCAUGCCAGCUUAAGAGGCUGUCACACUGGGGCAAGCUUACGCCAAGAAUCUAGGCCCACAAAGGUGAAAAAGACACACAGAAGAGAAAGAAAGUGCGAGGAAAAAAUCAAAAGAAAUGGUCAGAGCGGGUGAGCUCUAUCUGUUGAUUCCUACUCCUUGUCGUGGCUAGGCCAUUGCUCUUUUCGCUGAUAGUUCUGCAUUCGGCAGCGCUGUCUGCAAAGUACAUGCAGAGCUUACAAUAAGAGGGUUACUAAAAAGAGAGAGAUUUGUUCCUGUGACAACUGGCCAUUGAUACUCACUGAUAACCAAAAGGAGUUUCCGCCUUUCAUGGUCAAAAGCAAUCAAGGUGUAAUAGAGGCACUUAGAAACUCUUACAACAUUUUUUUUCUAUUCAUCUGUGGGAUGUGAGCGUGGCUGGCCAGCCAGCAUUUCUUGCUCGUCCCUAGUUGCCCUUCUGAAGGUGGUGGUGAGGUGCCUUCUUUAACCGCUGCAUGAACCCUGCUGUGGGCUGACCCACAAUGCCAUUAGGGAGGGAAUUCCAGGACUUUGACCCAGCAACAGUGAAGGAACGGUGAUGUAUUACCAAGUCAGGAUGGUGAGUGGCUUGGAGGGGAACUUGCAGGGGGUAGUGUUCCCAUAUGCCUGCUGCCCUUGUCCUUCUGGAUGGCAGUGGUCGUGGGUUUGGAAGGUGCUGUCCAAGGAUUUUUGGUGAAUUUCUGCAGUGCAUCUUGUAGAUAGCACACACUGCUGCUACUGAGUGUCGGUGAUGGAGGGAGGGGAUGCUUAUGGAUGUGGUGCCAAUCAAGCGGCUGCUUUGUCCUGAAUGGUGUCAAGCUUCUUGAGUGUUGUUGGGGCUGCCCCCAUCCAGGCAAGUGGGGAGUAUCCCAUCACACUCCUGAGUUGUAUCUUGUAGAUGGUAGACAGGCUUUGAGGAGAGUUACUUGCUGCAGUAUUCCUAGCUUCUGGCCUGCUCUUGUAACCACUGUGUUAGACCAGUUGACUUUCUGGUCAAUGAUAACACCCAAGAUGUUGAUAGUGGGGAAUUCAAUGAUGGUAACACCAUUGAAUGUCAAGGGAUGGUAGUUAUAUUGUCUCUUAGUGGUGAUGGUCAUAGCCUGGUGUAUGUGUGGUGAGAAUAUCACUUGCCACUUGUCAGCCCAAGCCUGGAUAUUGUCCAGAUCUUGUUGCAUGUGAACAUGGACUGCUUCAGUGUCUGAGGAGUCACAAAUGAUGCUGAACAUUGUGUAAUCAUUGGCGAACAUCCCCACCUCUGACCUCGUGAUGGAGGGAAGGUCAUUGAUGAAGCAGCUGAAGAUGGUUGGGCCUAGGACACGACCCUGAGACACCACCCUUGUGCACAAUCAGUUUGACUCUCCCCUUUUCUAUGCGGCAGUUACCAGAAGUCUUGCAGAUUUCAUCUUCAGAUUCAGUUAAUCUAGUACUUCUUUGAGACAUUUGGAGCAGCAUGGUAGCUCAGUGAUUAGCACUGGUGCUUCACAGCGCCAGGGGCCCAGGUUCAUUUCCACCCUCGGGUGACUGUCUGUUGGGUUUGCACAUUCUCCCCCUGUCUGUGUGGGUUUCCUCCCAUGGUCCAAAGAUGUGCAGGUGAGGUGGAUUAUCCAUGCUAAAUAUGGGCCAUCCCCAUGGUGCUCAGGGAUGUGUAGAUUCGGGGCAUGGGACUGUGUGCUCCAAGGGUCAGUGUGGAAUCGUUGGGCUGAAGGGCCUGUUUCCACACUGUAGGGAUACUGUGAUUAUUUUACAAACAAAUGCACUUUGUUAGCCCUGUUAAGGGGUUAGAAAAGCAAUUACUUUCUGCAUUAUUGCACUAUCUUAGAAAUAAAGUGUCACUCAGCUGUAAUGAACAACCUUGGACCUUUGGCAAUCUAAAUGAGAAGUAGCAGCCAGUGACUGUAUU